GAAACAGCAGUGACUAAGCCGUCGCAGAGGAGGAGAGUCGUGCUGUAGUCUGUGACCGACCAAAGGCUGAAGUAUUUCUAAAAGUUUUGGCUCUCGUUCAGGAUGUUUUAUCGCUCCUCUGGUUUCUCUUAAAUGGCUUAAAACAAUCCUCGCUAUUUAUAACUCUGGAGACGUGCGUCCGUCCUUGAACAUUGCUGGAUUUUGUAUUCGUGAACAAGUAACGCCAGAAAUGCAUUUUCUUGGCAUUUUUGUGCUAAUUUGGUGCGAUUUAUCGCUGGGGCUUCCGGUUCCUGUAGAUACCGUCAUCGUGCAGGUGCAGCAGUUUGGAGUGGUGGGUGCUCAGCAGGUCGUGCAGCAGGUCCUUCUCAAUGGAGUCUCUCUCACUGACAAAAGCCAGGAAGCUGACAGCAUUAUCCAAACCAUGUCAGCUGAUCCACUGCUUCCGACUCUUAUCAGGAUCAACCAGACGUCAGUAUUCAGAAACCACACUGUCCUUCGUUCCCGUGAAUGCAUACUGGAGGGAUCCCAGCUGCACUGGACCGACCGUGUGUUCUUCGAUGGGAACGUCUAUCUGACUGUGGACCACACUGACACGUGGACAGCCUACGUACCGCAAGCACUGGACUUUAAAGUGUUGUGGGACCAGGAAGCGCAGCACACAAAGAUGGAGAGGACCCGCCUUCAGGAAGGAUGCAUCAAACUGAUGAAAGAGCUGAGGCUUUCUGCACAGCAGUCAGGUCCAGGGAUUCCUUUGCCUCAGUUCCUGAUCCCAAUCUUGGCACUCCUGGCGCUUACAGGACUAGUUAUAAUCAACCUCCUCCUCUCCAAAAACAGUGGUUCGAGGCACCCUGGAGGUGUUGUCGGCUCUAUUAUACAUUACCCUAAAGACAUGACUGAAAUGGCUCCAGACAUAAGAGCCAGUGGUUACCAAACCUUGUAAUUCUAAUAUCCAGUUGAUUAACAGGGUCACAUUUAAGCUUUCCUCUCCCUUUCUACUGCUGAAUGUCACUCACUGAUUUAACACUUUACUCUCUGUGUAAGGACAGUGUUUCUCCAUGAAUGUUACCAAACCUUUGCUACAGUACCAACAGCCUACUGUGUGAAACACAUGCGGUCUGGACUCUAAACUGCAUUAUUUAAUGCACUUUAAUGCAUGUAUCAUACUUUACACUGGUGCUUUUAAUGAAUUUAUAUUUAAUAUUUGUGCACACAUACAAAGAAAUGUAAACCCAUUCACUGCCUGCAGCAAUGUACAAGCUUUUUUUUUUUGCACAAAUAAUAACUAUAAGGGCAAAUGUUUUCAGCAGUCACAUUUUCUAGACUAAGCUAUUCAAGUAAACAACUUCUGUGUUAAUACAAUGAAAAUGUUCUGUUGGAAGCACAUAGAGAAUGUCACACAUUGUCUUAUGGUCUGUAGAUAAAGCCCUGCUGAAAUCAAAUGUUUUGUUUCAUCACUGAUAGUCACAGUCACAGUGAAAGUCUGCUAAAUAUAGGGUGGACUACGUUAAGUGUGUCCAGUUACUGAAGAGUCACACUGUGCUGUGUUGUUGUUUGUUUUGAGAAAUCACACUUAUGGUUUUAAUAUUUUUGUGAUAUUGUACAUUGUUCUGACUGUUUCUGUUUUUUCUUUGUUAUUUGUAUAUGUAAAUUUAAAACAAAUCCAAUUAAAGAUGCUUUUAUGAUACA